AAUAAAUGACGCGGACACAGAGGUAGCCUCCUCCUCCUCCUCAUCCUCAUCCUCAUCCUCCAGCGCCUCUCUCCUCUCGACAGGAUGGAUGUCGUCAAUCAGCUGGUGGCCCGGGGUCAGUUCAGGGUGCUGAAGGUUCCUCUGGGCUUCAUUAAGGUCUUAGAAUGGUUUUUCGCCAUAUUCGCCUUCUCCACCUGUGGCAGUUACUCGGGGAUGUUCCGGGUCCUGGUGGAGUGUAAGAACCGCAACGAGAGCGACCUGAGUAUAGAGGUGGAGUUUGAGUACCCGUUCAGACUCCACCAGGUGUAUUUCGACGCUCCCAGCUGUAAGGGCGGGAGCAAGGAUCGCUACUUCCUGGUUGGUGACUACUCCUCAUCAGCUGAAUUCUUCGUCACAAUCGGUGUCUUCGCCUUCCUCUACUCCACAGCAGCUCUCAGCAUCUACAUCUUCUUCUUUGACAAGUACAAGGAGAACAACAAGGGCAUGUUGCUUGACCUGGGGGUAACUGGAGUGUUUGCCUUCAUGUGGCUCGUGAGCUCAGCGGCCUGGGCCAAAGGUCUUCUGUCCGACGUGAAGACGGCGCCGGACCCGGAAAAAGUGGCCACUAUGAUCCCCGCCUGUGGCAAUGAGGAGAACCACUGCCGUGAAGUCCACGACCCGGUUAUGUCUGGUCUCAACACCUCUGUGGCAUUUGGUUUUAUCAACCUGGUCCUGUGGACAGGAAACCUCUGGUUUGUCUUUAAGGAGACGGGCAUCAUCGCUCCCUUCAUGCGGGCUCCUCCUCCUCAAGGGAAACCUGCUGCACCAGAUGCCUACGGCCAGCAGGGGGCGUAUGAACAAGACCCUUAUGCCAGUAACCAGGGAAGCUACCAACCCGACUACAGCCAGCAAGGAUACAACCAGGAUGCAGAGUACGGUCAAGGCUACGGCCAGCAGGGGGCACCCACCUCCUUCUCCAAUCAGAUGUAAACUGACAGGAAGCAGAAGGUGUCGGAGUGAACCAACAGUGGGUCGCCCGCAACCUACCCACAAUGCAACGCUCCUGUCUGUCUGCAAAGUUAGCGGGUGGGGUAGAAGGGAGGGACGUUUAGAUGUUCACUAUAAUGAAUCAAUGUGUAAAUGAUCAAAAAAUAGCUAUAAAUAACAAAUCCACCAAUUAACAAGCACCGGGAUGACGACGACAACAACAACAAAACCAGUGACGAUGUUAUUCCUAUUAUAGUAAAUAACCUGUGGAGAGAAUGUCUGUGUUGUAUAGAUAUAUUAUAUAGACUGAACUGUUUUUGAUGUUUCCUACUGAACCAAUGUUCUACCCCGCCCCCGUCACCCCCACCCCCACACCAAUAAACCAGAUUGUUUGGCCAAUCAUGAAGCUGUUCAAACUGGGUUCACACUGAGAUAACCCAGAUCCAAAUCACAUUUAAACCAGAUCUGAAACAAAUCAGAAACUGGAUCCAAACCAACACCUGCAUCCAAUGAUGUCACCUCCCGGCUGUUUGUCUUGCUGCAUGUAAAUAUCAACAUAGGAAGUGAUGUCAUCCUGGAGGCACAGUAAACCCAGUCUGAACUUCACCUUCAUGGUGCCGCACAUGGAGACUGGAUCCAAAAUGGCUCUUGGUUACUGCAGUUAGCAUGAUGUUUGUUUGAUUCAUGGGUCAAAUCAAACAACAAAGAGGUGUCCAAUCACCUUAAAACCUAAAUCAUUUCUGGUGUGUCAGCUUUCAGAUGACCGUUUUUGUCAGUGUAGUGUUUUUUUUAUUGGUCCUCUCCUCGACUUUCAGCCAAUCAGCAGCAUAAGUGAGUUGUUUUUGUAAAAAAUCUUUAAAAAAAGAGGGGGGCACAAUGCUUCUUCUUCUUUGGCUGUUUUCAUUUUGGAAAGUGAAGUUGUUUCAGCGUCGGUGACUUCCUCCGCAUGGUGACGUGUUUUCUGCUCGUGUUGUACAGUAACUGAUGAUCAGUGUGAUUCUACUUCCUGUUCUCCUGUACAGGUGUGUGUGUUACCUGUCCAUACUUCUAAGUUUCCAUCACUCCAUUUUAUUUUCUUGAGUUUUUUCUACCUCCUUCUCUUUCUGCUCAUUUUAUUUCUCCUGUCUUCUCCUUUCUCCCCUCUUUUCUUUUUCAUCCUCGUUCUUUAUUCUCCUCCUUUUCCUGUGUCCUCCAUCUUCCCCUUGUUCUCUUCCUUCUCCUAUUUUGUUUCUUUUUCUCUUCCUCCUCCUCUUCCACUCUGCCCUUCUUUAUUGUGACUCUCCUCUCUGCCUCUGUGAUGUAACUUCCUGUUUGAUGAUGUUCUACUCAGCAUCAGUAACCAUGGCAACAGUGUUGACAGUGAUGAUGAUGACUUGUUACUAUGGAGACGCUCCCUCCACCCAUCCCCCUCCCUGCUGUGUUUAUUCAGUGGAAAUUUUCAAUAAACGACAAAAUCAUCUCUGA